AUUUAAAAAUAUUUUGUCUCAAAAGUAAAACGAAACAAGAAGUAUUUCAUCGAACAUCAGCUGUAGAAUAAACUGCAAGCAUGGGAAAUUCUGGAGAGCAAUGACCUCAAUAUAUCAAGCUGGAGCUUCGUUGAGACAUGUCGAAUUGCUCGAAAUGCAUAACAGAAGUCUACAAAUAAUCAAACAUGGGAGCAGUCAUGGAAUGGUUUAAAAGAGUCAGGAACCUUCUGACGAAUGAUGUCUAAGUUUAAGAAGAGGAUCCAA